CAGCGGCUGCAACGAGGAAAGAUGGCGGCGGUGACCAGAGGCUCCUUCAGUGUUUUCAGGAGGCUGGUGAGUCAGCAGUACCGGCGCCGGUGUUUCCGGCUGCAGACCUUCAGAUCUGUCAGAACCCUGCAGCCACUCAGCUCCACAAGUGACAGAAAGCUGCAGAUGUUCAGCAGCAGAACGCUGCACACCACAAUCAUGAGUCGAGGACCAAUCGUCCAGUUCAAACUGUCCGACAUUGGAGAGGGGAUCAUGGAGGUGACGGUGAAGGAGUGGUAUGUGAAGGAGGGAGACAAGGUGUCGCAGUUCGACAGCAUCUGUGAGGUUCAGAGCGACAAGGCUUCGGUCACUAUCACCAGCCGAUAUGAUGGAGUCAUCAAGAAACUCUACUACGAUGUGGACGCCACCGCGCUGGUCGGCAAACCGUUAGUGGACAUUGAGACGGAGUCGAGUUCAGAGUUGAUCCAGGAGGAGGACGUGGUGGAGACGCCUGCCAUGGCUCGAGAGGAACACACCCACCAAGAGAUCAAAGGUCACAAGACCCAGGCCACGCCCGCCGUGAGACGUCUUGCCAUGGAGAACAAUAUAAAGCUCAGUGAGGUGGUAGGGACGGGUAAGGAUGGUCGGAUCCUGAAGGAGGACAUCCUGAACUUCCUGGCGAAGCAAACAGGAGCCAUCUUGCCUCCAACUCUAUUCCAGGAGAUCCAGCCUCCGCCCCCGGCUGCCCCUGCUGCUGCUGCUGCUGCCGCCAGGCCGGCGGCCACUCCGGCAACUUUGAAGCCUCCACCCAUUGCCAAACGUGUGUUUACCGGCAAGGAUGUGACCGAGCCGCUCAAAGGUUUCCACAAAGCGAUGGUGAAGACGAUGUCAGCGGCGCUUAAGAUUCCUCACUUCGGUUACUGUGAUGAGGUGGACCUGAGCCGGCUGGUGUCCCUGCGGUCAGAGCUAAAGUCAUUGUCUGAAAGUCGGGGGGUCAGACUGAGCUACAUGCCCUUCUUCAUCAAGGCCGCCUCCCUCGGUCUUCUCCACUUCCCCAUCCUCAACGCCUCGGUGGACGAAGGCUGCCAGAACAUUACGUAUAAGGCCUCUCAUAACAUCGGCCUGGCGAUGGACACCAGUCAGGGCCUGCUGGUUCCCAACGUGAAGAACGUGCAGCUGCUCAGCGUGUUCGAGAUCGCACAGGAGUUAAACCGUCUGCAGACACUGGGAACUGCAGGACAGCUGGGCGCCGCUGACCUGAGCGGGGGAACGUUCACGCUGUCCAACAUCGGAUCAAUUGGAGGGACGUACGCCAAACCGGUCAUUCUUCCUCCUGAGGUUGCCAUUGGAGCUAUUGGAAAAGUCCAGAUUCUGCCGCGGUUCGACGCCGCAGGUCAGGUGGUUCGAGCUCACAUCAUGCAAGUCAGCUGGUCAGCGGAUCACCGCAUCAUCGACGGAGCCACCAUGUGCCGCUUCUCCAACCUGUGGAAAGAGUACCUUGAGAACCCGGCCAGCAUGGUUCUGGACCUCAAAUAGACAGGACAGUUUCCCAUCAGCCCCGGGGAGGAUGCCACCGACUGCCGCUCCUCCCACCGCCUCUUCCUGUUUCUGAGGCCUUCACACUCUGUCAUUUCCUUGUUGCCUUUGAGGGGAUGGGGGGGGUCAGCCUGUCAGUCAUGGUGGUACCAUGGCGACCACACACUGAGUGCAGGUAGACGUAGGUAGUUUGGUUAAAGUGAACUUUAUUUGGUUUCUAGGUUUAGACUACAGACUUCAGUCGGACUGAAGGUUUUUAUCGUAUUUCAGUUCAGUUGUUGCAGGUCAGAGACUUUCUGUUGCUGCUGGACGACAAAGUUUCAUUUUGACAGAAAUUAUCUUAAACUUGCAUCUGUCUGAGGUUUAACGUUCAUAUUCAACAUGGAAUAAGAAGGAAAUCACCACAAGGUCUCGGCAGGAUUUGAGGGUUUGUAGAUUUUGUCCAGAGCUUUUGGCCCAUUCAUGCUUUUUGUGUCUGCAGGCCGAUAACCAGACUGCAGAACCAGAUCUGUUCAUACCACAGUAAGGACAGUGUGCUGCACAGCUGCUUUCAUUUAUCUGCAUAUGAACCACAGAAAAACAGACAAGGAAACGCAGCUGCCACUGUUGGACUGUAGCUCCGAGUCAGAGGUUAUUCCUGAGGUGUCCUGAGCACAGUGGUGAACAGAGCACAGGGUGUCUGGCGAAAUGACAACUUGAUACUGCGUCUGGGCUCCGUCCAUGUAAACAUGUACAAAGCCCUGCAGCGACUCCAUAGUUACAGCUCUGCUAUGCAAUAAUUAUACAUUAACAUGCAGGUGUGGAUGGUGGAGAAUCUCCUCAUACUUCAGCACCACUUUUCCUGCACAUGCUCAGUCGGUGAGCUGGUAGUGCAAACACUGGUCAUAGAUUUGUACAUUGCAUGUUAAAAGUUUGCGCUGACCUUCGCAUGUUUGGAUGGAUGAUGAAUUUACAUCACGUGUUUAUUUGCAGACACAGAAAGUAUGAAUUGGCCUUUACAUGUUCACAUGUUUGAGUCCUGCACACAUGGUGAGUCUAAGAGCAGGAGCUGAACACAGAGCUGAGAGUUCAGCCAUCACAUCAGUGUUAACAGGAAACUCAGAUACUACAGUCGGUACAGUGUCAGUAAACACGGUUAGAGUUAGGGUUUUGGCUAGUCUAACCCUAAACACUGUUUCAUUAGGAGCAUGCAUCAUGUGAGCUUGAAACAACAACAAUAACUACGAGUUGAUUCCUUUA